AUGCUCUUCACCAUGCGAGAUCCUCGUAUCCACUCUGAGCGCAAACGCAUCAUUGGGAGAGGCUUCGCAUCGAUAAAGGAAGAGCAAGAAGUGAAGAUUCAACGGCUGGCUAGCCAGGCGGUAGUGAACAUCAAGAACGAGGCCGAGAAUGGGCAGGCCGAUGUCUACAAAUGGUGGCGCUGUCUGGCUGUUGAUGUCGUCAGCGAAAUGUCUUUCGGCAAAUCAUUCAACUUGUUGCAUUCGGGAGGGAAAGGCCUGCCACUCUAUACAGCUUUGAGCAACGCUGGUCCUUGUGUUGUUUUCCAAGCAGUACUCCCCCGAGGGCUCAUAUCUCUAUUCAAGUGGUCUCCUGUUACCUGGCUGAGAGAUGUCGGCCAAGUCAGUGAGACCAUCUUCAAUCGAGUAACAGCAGCCCUUGGAGAACUGCGAGCUUCAUCAAAUUGCGGCCCCAGCAUUGCCCGUCACUUGUUGAGUAAAGAGGUGAAGGGCAAGACAUCUAGCUUGAACGACGAUGAGUUGAGCUCUGAGAUUGGCAUGCUUCUUGUUGCGGGCUCGGAUAGUACGGCAGCUACUUUGACAUAUGCAACAUGGGAGAUCGUUAGAGAUCCUCAACUCCGGAGACAGAUCGAGGAGGAGGUGGGCAGCUUGCCUGUGAAUUUCACUGCCAAGGAUGUUGAUAUUCUACCCCUCUUGAAUAGUGUCUUGGAAGAGGUUCUUAGGAUGUAUAAUCCAGCAGGAGCACUAGUAGAGAGACUCGUACCUCCGAGUGGGAUAUCUGUUCAUGACUGGGACAUCCCUGGAGGUAUAAUGGUCUACACUACUGGAUGGCUCGUUUCCCGCCUUGAAGAUGUCUUUCCAGAGCCGGAUAGGUAUGUGACUUUUCCCAAGUUUUGA